CAAUUGUCCACUUGAAGAAGAAGAAGACGAAUCAGAAUCGGAAGCAGAGCGAAAAGCAUUCAUUCCGCUUAUUUUCAUUAUGUUCUUCUCUCCAAGAAUCUAUGAGCGGGAAGAGGACACAAAAUCACGCGGUUUAACAGAAUGCUGCUUCUCCUUUUCACUGAAAUCCUUUCUUAUUUCACCAUGCAGACAUGUCCUUCAUAUGCUACUAGACAGUGAGGAUUCAUGAUCUCUUCAAUUUCAGCUGAUUUCAACUUACUUUCAAGUUGUAUGGUGUUGUUAUGCUGCUGUUCAAAGUUCUCACUUGACGAAGUAGGGAUUGUUGAAUUUCAAAAUGUACUAAAAGGAGCUUGAAAAAUGAGCUUAAUUCAUAAACUAUUUCAUGGGAAUUUCUUCAUACCUGCAUUGGGUGAACAUGAAACUUUGAUGCGAAGAAGAAGUUUUGUUCCAUCUCGGAGGUAUCAAGGAAACAAAAAGAUUUUUUUUCAAGGAUGUCAAUAUGUGGCAAGUGACAUAACAAUAGCUCCAACAGUAUAUAAGGCUAGAGUUUGUGAUGAAGCCAAUACACAUUCCUUUCCCCAUGUCCAGAAGCUUAGGAAAUUUCCAAAAGACCAGCUUUACGGGAAAGUUGUUAUGGUCAGAUUUGAUUCGUGCAUUUUGCCUGAUUCAGAUAUGGAUAUCCAAUCUCCUUAUGUCUUCAAUGCUCUUUCCACCAUCAAGUAUUUGCAUAACGCUGGGGCUAAACUGAUCCUAGUUAGCAGUUGGAGUGUGAAAAAGAAUUCUAACCAUCUUUCAGUCCAGAUCGUUGCAGAGUUUUUGUCGGCAGCUCUCAAGCUUAAUGUCAAACCUGCAAAAUUUUGCCCUGAUGACGGAAAUGAUGACAUUGUUCUUCUUGAUAAUCUCUUUAGCUCCAAAGGGGAACUUGCCAACUGUUUGGAAUUUUCCGAAGGCUUAUCGGCAGGAGUUGAUAUUUUUGUAAAUGAUGCAUUUUCAUGUUCUCAUAGAGUUCUUGCAUCAACAGUUGGAAUUACUGUUUUCUGCUGCGCAUCUAUAGCUGGUUUUUAUUUUGAACAGAGUCUAUAUCAAUUGCAGAAAGCCAUCGCACCCACCAAACGACCAUUUGUUGCUAUAAUUGGUGGGGGAAAUCUAUCAGACAAAGCUGCUUCUUUGUAUAGUUUAGCUUCUAGAUGUGAUAGUCUAGUGCUUGUUGGAAGAAUGGUAUUUCAGAUAAUGAAUGCUCUUGGAUUGCCUGCUCCUUUGAAAAUGUUAGAAACUGGAGCAUGUGAAGAAGCUCUGAAACUGGUGCAGUUGAUAAAAUCUAGAAAUGUGUCAGUUGUGCUUCCAAGUGAUUUUUGGUGCCAAAACGGAAAUACUCAAAAGUUACAGGUUUUUCCUGCUGAUAGUAUUCCGGAUGGUUGGCUACCUGUUGAUAUUGGGCCAAAUUCUUUAGAAGAAAUUUCUUCCUUACUUCUAAACUGUCAGAAAAGCUUAUGGAUUGGUCCAUUUAAAUUCAGCUCGUUAACUCAUUCCAGCUGGGGAGAAUUUCAGUUGACUUUAUUGCUUGAGAAGCUUAUUCAAAGCAAUUGUGAAGUAACUGUUGUAAGGAACUCGUCAUGCAAUGCAAUUUUGAGGAUGUCGAGUUCUCUAUCUAGUUAUAACAUUGUUGAAAGUGCAUCUGUUUUCUGGGAUUUUCUUGGAGGAAGAAAGCUUCAUGGUGUUAUGGCCUUGGACAGGGCAUAUCCGUUUGACAUUGACUGGAAUGACGUCUACAGUAAUCCAACUCAACCUCUAGUAGUUGAUAUUGGAAGCGGAAAUGGAUUGUUUCUCCUCAACAUGGCUGAGAAGGAGAAGGAUCUUAAUUUUCUAGGGCUAGAGAUUAAUGAAAAGCUUGUAGAACGUUGUCUAAACUCAAUCCAUUUGCGCGGAAUAAGGAAUGGGCACUUUAUCGCGACAAAUGCAACAUCAACUUUUCGAUCCUUAGUUUCGAGCUACCCUGGAAAGUUGGUUCUUGUAUCCAUACAGUGCCCAAACCCCGAUUUCAACAAGCCUGAGCACAGAUGGAGAAUGCUACAAAAAUCGUUGGUCGAAUCAAUAGCAGAUUUGCUUGCAUCUGAUGGGAAGGUAUUUCUUCAGUCUGAUAUAGAAGAAGUGGCAAUAAGGAUGAGAGAACAGUUUAUAAAAAACGCGAAGGGAACUCUCUUCGCGGCUAGUAGAGAAUGGCUGAAAGAGAACCCGUUUGGGGUUCGGUCAGAUUGGGAACAACAUGCGAUCGAUCGUGGAGAUCGCAUGUAUAGGUUCAUGUAUACCAAAAACAAUUAUCCUUAAAAGACUUAUAUACAAUCUGAAAAACAAUCUUCAUAUUUUUCAGCUAACA